AUGGAGGCCCCGGGGAACAUCCUGCAGAAGAGCAGGGAGCUGAGCGAAAUUCUGAUGAAGUCGUUUAAGAAUGAAGUUGGGAGCGUGAAUUACCUGAACGAGUGCAGAAAUAGAGACUGCUCUGAAUUCUACGGGGCGUUCUACCUGGUAUACUCGGACCUGAUCGAGAAGGACAAGACGUUGAACGCGUUCAAGGAGCAUCUGGUGUUCCUCUCCUUCUGCUACAUGAGCAAGUUGUUAGGAAAGCACUACCAUGUGUACCCACAGGAGAGUAAAGUGAAUAUCAGGAACAGCUUCAUUAAUAUCCUGUUUUCUUUACCCAUCAGUUUCAAUCACGAGUUGGAUGGGAACACACUACACAUGAAGGAGAAGUCAGUAGAAGCAGUGAAGAAGAGGUUCGUCGAUGUUUUUCUGAACCCAAAUAAUAUGUUAAUGGGUGACUACCUAAGUGAGAGGGACAAUUACUUGAUCCGUUUUUAUAUAAAUUGUACGAAGAAUAAGUUUGCUCAGAUUUUUAGCGUCCUCUGCCUGAACAAUGAGUACCUUUACUUUAGGUACCUAUACAACUUUUUGCUCUUUUUUGUGAGGGAGUUUCUAAGAAGAAGGUUGUCUUUGCAGGGGGGGGUCGAUACUGGUAGCAGUGGUGGUGAUUGCGAUGGUGGGUACUUCACCACCGUGGUGCACAUCUGCCUGAACUUCCUUCGAGAGAUAUUCUACAACAUCAGCAAUGAAAAUAGUAGUAACGUCCAGAACAAACAGCAAUUAAACAUUUUCAGGGGCCUGAUAAUAAAUGAGGCGAACGAGUUGUUCGAGUUUCUUUCCAUUUGUUUUUAUUACAGUCUGAGUGGUAGGAAGAAGGGAGAGUUCGAAUUGCUCAUCGAGUGUGUGAAGGAGCUGUUCUUUUUCUUCCCCGCGUAUCUGUUUUUUAACCACCGUGGGGGCAGCAACUCCCCGCUGAAGUUUCUCUUAAAUCUGCUCUUUGUUCGGUUUGCGGGUUCAAACGUCGCACAGAAUAACGCAGUGGAAAGUGCCUCCGUGGGAGGGGAGUACCCCCCCCUGCCGCUGGACCAGUUCAACCUACUAUACAAUAGUUACCUCUCCGUGAACGAACUGAGCUGCGUGUCACCCCCCGUGCAGUCCUUCCUGGCAAAACUGCAGUUGGAGGAACAUCUCCUUCUGAUUUUCCUGAACAUUAUUGAAUACAUUUCCAGGGUAAACAGCAAGACCUUUAUCCAGUUGGACGAAAGGGAAUUAAUGCAGUUCCUUGAAAGUUACUUCAACAUAAGUCUUAACGUUUUUGACGUGACGAGCUACUCCUAUCAGAAGCUCUACAUCCGAAUGAUCGUGAACCUGUCUGCCGUCCCCAUUUCCAACUACCUGCACGAAAAGAAUAAUAAAAAAAAAUGCCUGCACAUGUAUAUAAUUAAUGUGUUCAAAAAUGUUUACCACCCAGAUGUGGAGAUACUAGCCAACGUGCUAGCCAUUUGCAAAAACAUAUUCGACCACAACAGGGAGUUAAUCUACAUUAAAAAUAGGGAAAGUGAAAUAGCUAGCCAGAAAUAUAAUAUUAACAGGGUGGACAGAGAAAGCAUGCUGGACCAGAACAACGAAAAGGUGUUCAACCAGGACAUACACUUCGUUCUUAACGUAGAAGACAUGAAAAAACUGUUCAUCCUGAUGUUCGUUCGGUUUGUUAAAAUACCUUUGUAUUCUGAUCAGAACUGCCUGAACAAAAAAAUGAUGAUAAACUUUGUUAAAAACUUUAUUAGUGAAUACAAUGAGGAGUGGUUUGAGACUUACUUUCGAUACGCUCGGGAGGACUCUACAGGGGGAGAUAAGGGGGAGGGUGGCGUUACUACGUCGAACCAAUCUGGCCGAAGUGACCACACGAAGAAUCUCCUAAAACAGAGGAUUUUUUCCCUGUUUCGUGUCCUGGUGGGACUUAACCAUGAAGUGUUCUCCAUCAUGGUGGAGGUGUUCUGCGAGUUCUUCCGAUUUUACAAAAACAUUACCGUUGGAAAUUUGUGCAACGAGUCGAUGAAGGUGAAGGACUACUUCGUCUAUGUGUUGCUCCGUGGGUACUGUGAGUUGCUGGUUUUUUUUAUUAACACGAUGAAGGAGUGCAAGGAAGUUGUUACGGGGGGGGAUACCGAGGUGAACGAGGAGGUCAUCUCUUUUCAACUACUCCCCCCUGGAGAGAAGGAAACCUAUUUACAAGGAAUUGUGCACUUGAGGGAUUCACUUUCCAAGCGCAUUAUCGGAAAAAGUAGCUACGAAGAAACAGAGGUGACCAAUUGGAAGGGAGUGAACACAAACUGGGAUAAUUCCAACCGAAGGGAGGACAACAUAGAGGAGUUAAAGAGGAGAAAGGAAAAAGUCGACCUACAGAUACACAUAAUUAACUGCAUUCAAAAGUACGGGGGGUCUCCCUACUACGAAGUUAGCCCAGACUGCAUUAACAACUUGCUAAAUUGUUAUAAGGAUAUUUUAAAUGGAGACUUCAUAGACAUGUGUAAAGUCUCUCCUAGCUUCCUCCUAUUCGAGGUGAAGAGACUGCAGUUCUUGUCGGAGAGUACCUACCUGCUGCACUACAAUAAGCAGUGCGCCUUUUACAUGAUGGAAAAUUUGCUGCGGAAUAUCGUCCAGGGGGAAACAACCAAUUCGGCAGAUCGACUCGACGCCAACACCUCGAUGGAACUGAAAAAAAAUUACUUCACCAUUUUCACCUCCAUCAUCUCAAAUUUGAAACAUAUAGUGACGAACGAUAUGCUAGAGAAGUUGCUGAAUUCGUUUCUCGAGUUUAAGACGAACAGCAGUUUUUUCAAGUGUAAUAAAGAACUUUGUGUAUUUUUACUGACCCUCAUUUCUGUGUUGAAGGUAGAUGAUUUGAAUGGAAAGGUGAUAAAUUCCUACUUGAGGGUCGUCUUGGAAGAAUUGUUUGUAUUCCUCGGUGACGUUGCAAAGAGCAUAUCAUCGUUUGGGAGUCUUUUCCAGUUUUUAUUCGGGGAUGAGGGGAAGGUGGAGAUCGGUCGAACACUCCUGGAUGUUCUGAAAAUCGCGCAGACGUACUUCUCCGUUUUUGCCUUUGCAAAGGUGGAAUCGCGUCUUCGCAAGGUGGGCCAGGUUGAUGCCGUUGGUGGGGCCAUACUGGAGAACGCACACCUGGUGGAGAAUAAUCCGUUCCUGCAAAUCAGCAUGGAGCUCUUCACCAGGGUCAUGUUCGUAUACCCUGUGCUGAACGAUAUGUUGAAGAACUGUCGGUCAUUCGAGGCACACCCCAUGCUGUGUGCGGAGGUGAGUUACUUCCACCUGAACGCGAGGGAGCGCGAGAUUGCAAAUUUGUGCACGCAGAUGGGAAAAGAAGGAAGAAGUGGGAAGAAGUUCAGCCUAACGGUGAAGUCCCUGCACGAAAAUAUGUGCACUGUUGUGAAGCGGUUCAUCAGUGAGGGGUAUAUAUUUGUAUACAACGACAUGGGGAAGCUAUUCCAGGAAGUUCUAUCCCCCUCAUUCGAUUACAGCCCCUACCACUUCAUGGCCCAAAACGUGCAACAAGUGUACUUAUCUCUGAGUGAGAAGUUAAAGCAGCACCUUGGAGAACGAACCGUGAAAGAGUUAGUAGCCAAUUGGUGCGAACAGAUCUUUGCACAGUUCGUAGUGAAGCACUACACCUAUUUCAAGGCCAGCUUAGAGCACAUCCAGACGGUUCAUGAACAGCUGAACAGGCAGGAGGACAUCAAGGAGGAGGACUACGUAAUGUAUGGAGACCUCCUUUAUCAUAGCAAACACUACAUUUUUACUUUUUUAAAAAUAUGCAAAAAUGUUUUCACCGUUCCAAACGAAUUAAAGAAUAAACAAGACGGUAAAUCCUUCUUCUGUCGUUUCUAUCGGGACGACAAGAAUGAAACGUUGAACACGUUGUUUGUAAGUCUGGAGCUGCUUCUUCACAGCUACGACUGUAACAUUGUGAAGAGGUCCUUAGGUUUAUUCCUGGACAUAUCCGACUCGAUCAUGUUGCUUCCGUUUGAGUCCUCUCACUUUUUGAUUUACCUGGGGAUGCUCAAAAUUGUCCUGCGCUCCUUCCUGCUGUUCAAUCCGCCAAUAUUGACUCUCCAGCAGAAGGGGAAGGCCGGUAAUAGUGCCAACCUGUUGAAGAGAUACGAAGAGAAUAGUCCUAGCGGGAGAGGGGGUAUUCCCCAUGGUGACCUCUAUAACGACUCCGUCGAAGUGUACACUGGAGAGAUGAACCUCUUUGUGAAGAACGACCCGCAAGAAUUAACUUCCUAUUUACACGUCAUCCCGUCUGCCUUUAUUAAAAUUUGCAAGAAUUACUUUUCCCUUCAGGAGAAGGUGUACAGACUGAAGGAGAGUAGUACAACCUCCUUGGAUGAGUUGCUCCAGUUGGACAGUGUGAAGCAUUUUCUUUUCCUGUUCAAGGACGUGGAGGGCUCCUCCUCGUUUGACUUUCGCACCAUUGUUGCGGACCUGUUCCAACAGAACGCCUGCGACUAUUUGAGGGGCGCGCUGGUACAGUGCCGCCUCCAGGCACAGCGGUGA